AAUGGGGUACGCACCUCGCCUCAUCCGAUCCAACUCUUCUGCCUUGGUUAGCUGCUGCUGUGCUUGUAACUGGCUAGCGGUUAGCUACUAAGCUCACUGCUUAAUCGUGUUUUUUUUUUUUUACGAAGAUCGAAAGAGUGCGUAUGAUUUUGGAGGGACUAUAUUUUAUUUUCUACCGGGGAAUCAUACAAGACUUGGAUAUAAUACGAAGAUUUUGGCCGUUUGGAUCGUGGUGUGUGGAGCUCGUUUGUCUUGACUGGUUUGGGAAAAUCCACUGCCUAUCAAAUAACAGGUCUUUAAGAUGCUACAGUGAGUGUGGAGCUGAUUCCUAGCUGAAGCCUCAGCAUGUCUGUCCUGCUGACGGUGGUGGUGGUGGGUGUGGUGGGGUGGGGGGCCGUGGUCCAGGGGGCUGUGUGUCCCGGAGGGGGCCUGGCUGACUGCCCUACCCAGCAGAGCAACACCUCCGGUGGGGGUAAGACCUCCAGGGACUACUGCUACACCGCCCGUAUCCGCUCCACCGUGCUCCAGGGUCUGCCCUUUGGAGGAGUGCCCACCGUCCUCGCACUCGACUUCAUGUGCUUCCUGGUACUCCUGUUUGUGUUCUCCAUCUUGAGGAAGGUAGCGUGGGACUACGGCCGCUUGGCGCUGGUGACUGACGCAGACAGACAGAAUCAGCGAUACAGCCGUCUGGAUGAGCAGAAACCUGUGACGUCUGCCAUGACGUCGGAGCUACCCGAUCGCUACGAACGCCUGACCUCUGUCUCCAGCUCAGUGGACUUUGAGCAGAGAGACACUGGAUUCUGCUCCUGGUUAACAGCCAUCUUCCGCAUAAAGGAUGAGGAGAUCCGGGAGAAGUGUGGGGAGGAUGCAGUGCACUACCUCUCCUUCCAGAGGCACAUCAUUGGUCUGCUGGUGGUGGUGGGCGUGCUCUCAGUGGCCAUUGUCCUGCCCGUCAACUUCUCAGGAAAUCUAUUGGAAAACAAUGCCUACAGUUUUGGGCGUACCACUAUAGCCAAUCUGGAUGCCAAUAACAUGCUGCUGUGGCUCCACACCACCUUUGCGUUCCUCUACCUGUUGCUGACCGUGUACAGCAUGAGACGACACACCUCCAAGAUGCACUACAGGGAGGACGAUCUGGUGAAACGCACUUUAUUUGUCAAUGGGAUCUCCAAGUAUGCAGAGGAGAAGCACAUCAAGCAACACUUUGAACAGGCUUAUGAAAACUGCUGUGUUCUAGAGGCUCGUAUUUGUUACGAUGUUGCCAAGCUGAUGUCCCUGAACUCAGAACGGAAGAAGACUGAACGUAGUAUGAAGUUCUUUAAAGACCUACAGUCCAAGGAACACAUCCCCACCAUGAUCAACCCCAAACCCUGUGGACAUCUCUGCUGCUGUAUUAUCAAGGGCUGUGAACAGGAGGAGGCAGUGAGUUACUACACCAAGCUGGAGUCGAAGCUGAAGGAGGAGUACAGGAAGGAGAAGGAGAAGGUCAACAGUAAACCACUAGGAAUGGCCUUUGUUACGUUCCAGAACGAAGCCAUGACCGCCAUUAUCCUGAAGGACUACAAUGCCUGUAACUGUCAGGGCUGCCACUGUCAGAGGGAACCCAGGUCUUCUACCUUCAGCCAGCACCUUCACACAUAUUCCUGGACGGUCGGCUAUGCGCCAGACCCACAGAACGUCUACUGGGAGCAUUUGUCAGUAGGAGGGUUCCCCUGGUGGCUGAGAUGCUUCAUCAUCAACUGUAUCCUCUUCCUCCUCCUCUUCUUCCUCACAACCCCCGCCAUCAUCAUCUCCACCAUGGACAAGUUCAACGUCACCAAGCCUGUCGAGUACCUCAACAACCCCAUUGUGACCCAGUUCUUCCCCACCCUGCUGCUGUGGGCCUUCUCCGCCCUGCUACCCACCAUCGUAUACUACUCUGCCUUCUUCGAGGCCCACUGGACACGGUCUGGCGAAAACAGGACCACCAUGCAUAAAUGUUACACCUUCCUCAUCUUCAUGGUCUUAUUGCUGCCCUCUCUAGGACUCAGCAGUCUGGACGUUUUCUUCCGAUGGCUGUUUGACAAGCGCUUCCUGGCUGACGCUGCUGUGAGGUUUGAGUGUGUGUUCCUGCCUGACAACGGGGCGUUCUUUGUGAACUAUGUCAUCGCGUCGGCGUUCAUCGGUAACGCCAUGGAUCUGCUGAGGAUCCCUGGUCUGCUCAUGUAUAUGACCCGGCUGUGUCUGGCCCGCUCUGCUGCCGAGAGACGCAACGUCAAGAGGCACCAGGCGUAUGAGUUCCAGUUUGGGGCGGCCUAUGCCUGGAUGAUGUGUGUCUUCACUGUGGUCAUGACAUACAGCAUCACCUGUCCAAUCAUCGUCCCCUUCGGUCUGAUGUACAUGCUGUUGAAGCACCUGGCAGAUCGCUACAACAUGUACUAUGCCUACCUUCCCUCCAAGCUGGACAAGAAGAUCCACUCUGGGGCCGUCAACCAGGUGGUGGCAGCACCCAUCCUCUGUCUCUUCUGGCUCCUGUUCUUCUCCACUCUCCGCACAGGUUUCUCAGCCCCUACCUCUAUGUUUACCUUCAUCGUUCUGAUCAUCACCAUCAUCGUCUGCUUGUCCCAUGUCUGCUUCGGACACUUCAAAUAUCUCAGCGCUCACAACUACAAGAUUGACGUGGAGAAUGUGGAUGGUGUAGAGAACGGUCGUCCUGCACGCACCUCUCCCUUCAAUAAAUCAGCGCAGAUGUACAUUGCCUCGGUGCUCCAGGACCCCAGCUUAGACGAGCUGGGUUCGGCUGGCAGCGGGGUCAGUGAGGGCUCGCAGGACGAGGAGAUCAUCCAAGUGGGGAACAGCCUCAAUGAGGCCGACUUCCAGAGCGGCGAGGACAGUCUCCUCGCUAACGAGGUGCGGCACUGACAUCAGGGGACGCCGGAGACGGCUGUCAGGGAGGAGACGGAGGACGGGGAGAGAGAAGCAGAGACUGAGAUGGCAGAAACUAAAGUUUAAUUUCACCGACUGGAUGGAUGCACUGACCUAGUGAAUUAAGCUAUAGAGCUGAAACGGACUGACACAGCUUUAAAAGACAUGGAUAGACCACUAACCUUAAAGUCCUGAACAGACUAUUACAUUGUCUACACACCACACACACACACACACACACACACACACACACACACACACACACACACACACACACACACACACACACACACACACACACACACAGAGAGAGUGUGUCUACUAAAGGACUGGUAACUCUCCCUUACAACUAUUGAUCUAGCGCUGACUGUGAAGGAGGGAUCUUUCCUUCCCAUAAUCCUUUGCCUGUUCUGCCUGCACCCCUAAUCGUCUCUGUGCCCUAGAGGCUUCGUCACAAUAAGCAGCCUAAUAAAGAAGAUGAAGAAGAGGAGGAGGAGAAAUGUCUGUCAGCAUCACACACGCUGUUCGCCUGCUCUGGUCUCCCCCUACUCUGUCCCGACGAUCUCUGGAUGGUUCCAACCCUGUGUAAAAAAAUAAAAAAAUAACAAAAAAAAUAAAAAGAAGGAAUGUGGUCACCAUGACGAUGACCACUGUAACAAACUGAACUAAACACUCCUCUGCUUUUCCUUUUUGUUGUGCAACAAAAACUCUGGAUUUGUAAAAUGUAAAAUAGCCUUUUUUUGGAAAUUGUAUUUAUUUUAAGGCAUGGUUAUUUUUAAGUUGGUCUGAAAAACUUUAAUAAUCAAUUAACUACUUGUUUCGACAUACAAAAACAACUGUGGAUGGAUGGAUCAUGGAAUAUGGAUACAGUCCCUCGUAACAACAAGAUCGCUCUGUCUUCUGGCCUGUUCUGCCCUGAGCGACUGUAGUGGGACUGCGGCUCCAGACUGAGCCCUAAUGGCAGAAGGCAGUCCAGAGCCCCUAAUGGAGAGGAGGAUGCCCCCAGGAAGCAGAUAUGAAGUGGAUAUGACAGCCCAACCUCUACCCUGUUUUGUGUCCCACAACUAUGGUUGCAAAAUUCCCAAAAUUGUCCCAGAGUUCGCAGGUUUUUCAAUAUGUUGGUUAGAAGUUCAUUGGAAUAAGGGAUUUCUGGAAAAACCUAGGAACUUUGGGAAAGUUUCCGUAAUUGUGCUACCUCAGCCAGGUCUCCUUUCCCGGCUAGGACUCUGUGGGACCGUGUUCUUUGGUAGAGGGAGAGCUCGACCCUUGAACUCUUGGUCUGUGACCUGUAGUUUCCCCCAGGCCUCUACUCCCUGUUACUAUGGACGCGUUCAGCAGGGGGCGGGCACAACGUUGUUGAACCUUCAGAUAUAAAUAUGUUAUGUAGAACAAAUACGCCUCUCUGAAAUGUAGAAUAAGGAAUCAUGUCAACUCUUUUCUUAACAUUUCUAUCUACAAUGUUCCACAACGUUCCACAAUGUUCCACAACGUUUGCCUCCUGAAUGUGACCCUGGCCCCUGCUCUGACUGGCCCGUCUCUGUGACCCUGGCACCUGCUCUGACUGGCCCGUCUCUGUGACCCUGGCCCCUGCUCUGACUGGACCGUCUCUAUGACCCUGGCCCCUGCUCUGACUGGCCCGUCUCUGUGACCCUGGCCCCUGCUCUGACUGGCCCGUCUCUGUGACCCUGCUCUGACUGGCCCGUCUCUGUGACCCUGCUCUGACUGGCCCGUCUCUGUGACCCUGUCCCUGCUCUGACUGGCCCGUCUCUGUGUUCUAGCUAGCUUCUGUAGUGACUCUCAUCUCAAGACAAGCCUCUUUAUUUUGGUGUUUACAUCACUGUACAAAAGGUUGUUUCACAGUCUGUUGGUUGGUUUGAACAUUUGUUUUAUUUAGGAAAAAUAAUAAUAAGCUUUGUAGGAAGAUUUUCUCCUUUCUGCCAACUCUGUAACCUGUGUCCCGUUUUUAGAUGGCUUCAGAUGGGUUUAGGGAUUGUCUUCAAUUACGACGUGAAUAUUGACACUAGCGAGAUACUGCAUCACGUAGAGGUAGAUAUUGUAAACCGUGUAGAUGAUUUAUGGAGCAUUGUUACAAACGACAGUGUCCCAACUGCCACCCAGAGUGCUGUUGAACCUGGUGGGUUACUAUGUACAGAAAACAUAUCGUGGCUCAGUCAGGACGGAAUAGACCAACUGUGCAAAACGGUUGUGUCCCACGUGGCGUCCUAUUCCCUAUUUAGUGCACUACUUUUUGGGCGGGGCCCAUAGGGCUCAGUACUCUAAUAGGGAAUAGGACACCAUUUCGGACGUGUAAAAAUGAGUCUUAAUAGUGUAAGACUUGAUCAAUGUUUUUAUUGAUAUUUUAGGCGUAUUGUGGUUGAACAGAAUACUAGCAAUUACUACGGAAUCGGAUUAAUCUGGUAAAAAUCUAAAUGGAUGAUACCAAAUCCAUAUAUUAUUUUUUUUAAUUCUCUUUAUUUCAAGUUGUUCUGCAGUAAUCAUGAUGUGAUGUUGCUCUCUUCAGCUCGUUACAAUAUUCCACUGACGGAACCAACGACCAGCUUAGUUUUCUUCCAAAGUGAGGCAGAACCGAUUUUUAUAGCCUGGUUUAACCUUCAGGGAUCUACUAUAAAACAGGAUCAAUUUAGUUAGCCAGUGAACUUUGAUAAACAAUAAAUAACUAUUGAUUGUCCGGUUCAUAAAGAAAGCUACAGGUGGAUAUGUGUUUUUGUUGAGUCGUCUAGACCGUGCCCGUUUAGUUAGCUGGCUAACUCAUUGAUCCUGUUCCGUAGUGUACUUCUCAGAGCAGGUUUAGCCCGAGCUAUGUGCUAUAUACUGUUAGAUAGAUAGAAACAAUUAACUUGUGUUUUAAAACUCUUGGUUUCCACAUUGUGGAUAUACAUAAAUAAAAAUGAACAAAUGUC